UGCAGAGGAGUGGCAGUGUUCUGUUGCUAUGAAUCAUCCAAUUUUCAAGCCACUGUGACUCAGCAACAUUGCCUUUCAAAAGUCGAAUGUCCAGCACAGGACCUUGUGUGUUUAAAUUACUCUGUACUGAUUGUCCGACUGAAAAUAAGCUGUUAAAGAUGCCCAUUAUAGGAAUGAUGGAUUCUGUGCUUUUAGGGUUUGUUCUACUACAGGUUUUACACUGUGCUGUGUGCUUUCCAAAUGGAGCACCAACUUCAGCAUGUGUGGACAUGAUUCCGAGACAUGGAGGGGUAGAACCACAGCCAAGCCCUGCUCCUUACAUAAUACAGCCCAGCAGCAGCACCUUUCAGACGGGCAACCCUGUCACAGUUGUAAUCAAAGGACCAGACUAUCGUGGUGUGCUCUUGGAGGCUCGAUCUGGAUCAGACACAAAUGCAAUAGGAUCCUGGCAAACACCUCCAGCCAACACAAAGUUCUUAGAGUGUGCAGGAAACCAGCAAGGUGCCAUCACCCAUGCCAACACCAACGUUAAAGACAACUCCACCAUUUAUACCUGGAUUCCACCAGCUACAGCCAAAACCGUCUUCUUUAUGGUCACUGUAGCCCAGCAGCGCACUGUGUUUUGGCUAAAUGUGAAGUCAUCGAAUCUGACCCCAAGUGGUGGAGGAGGAACAUUGCUUGAUGUAAACAAUAGUGCUGAAAAGGCCACACCUGCCGUGCUGCUACUACUUAUUGUCCUGCUGGCAAAUGUUCAUUAUUUAGUUGAAUGAGGAUCCAGGUCUUCUUGUUAAGGAAGAUCCAGACUGAAUAAUGUAUGCCAGCUCAGUUAGUCAAUAUAAAGUAUUUAGUCAGCAUUAUAUUAAGACACAGUCUUUAAUCAACUCUGCCUCCUUUUAAUUCCUUUUUAAUCAUGAAAAAGAAACAGAAUUAACCUGUACUACAAUUUCCUUUGUGAUUUGGAUUUGAAUUCACUACUCUAAUUUCCUAAAUAAAAAUGUUAUCACAACCAAAUGUGAAAUAGUGUUGGAUUCGAGUCCACCUUAGUCGAGUCUGAGUCUUUAAACAAUCGAGUCCAAAUCAAAAAGGGGCUGAGUCUCAAAUUAUUACAUACAAAUGAGUCAACAUAGUAGUAAUUAGCGCUUGCUGAAAAGAUCUGACUGCAAAUGCUACAUCCUAAAACACUGGAGAAGCCCACUGAUAAUAUUAGGGCCAUUUAACAUGGACAGGAUUUUCUAGUUAAUUGGCGGGAAACCUCACAAUGCAGUGCAGUUCUACGUGCUGCUCAUGUAGCUACCUAAAUCCCCGAUGAGUCCAUGUGCGUCUCGCAGCAGCUGACCGCAGAAGAUGAAAAUAAAAUAAUAAUUGAUAUUUGUUUGAGCGGCAGCCGUGUUGGUCAGCAAUCAGUCUGAAAUCUUUACAUGCCAACCAAACAAAAUUUAAUUGAGCUCUUCUUUAACCACGAAUUUUGAGUCUGAAUUUUAUAGAAUUGUCCUUCAGAAGCAUCAGAGAUGUAUGCUACCCGGUGGUUUAAAAUAAUAAUUAAAAAAACAAACAUUUUAAAUAAAAACGGCAUAACCAACUAAAUUCAUCUCGUAACAUGAAGUUCAGCAUCAUUCACAAACUCUGUCAUCAAAUAAUACAUUUAUUUUAUAGCCUAAUUCAAUUAUAAACAAAACAAUUCACUGCCCUAAAUAUCCUAAUAUUUUAUUGUGCAUGUUUGAAUGUUGGACAAAUGCUGUAAAAGAAUGUAUUUUAAGCAACUCGUCAAUUCUUUGAAAAUGGUCAAUCAAUAAUAAAUAAGUGCCAAUUAUACAGUUAAUUCAUCAAACUAUUAGGUCUGCGUGAACCACAAGAGACUACAGAACCUACAUGUGUAGAUGCAUUAUGCCUAAAAAGACUUAAUAUCCAAUAAUAAUACUAUUUUUAUGUACUUUUAUUUUGAUAUGCUGUUUUUAGUAUAACUAGUAACUGAGAGACAUGAUGUGGAUUACGUUUUUAACCACGUUGAAACUGCAAUGCGAGCACUGUCUUGGCUGCACAAACACCACACACAAUUUUACCAGUUGUCAAGUCCUGGUUUGUGUAAAACUGCCUUGUUUAAUUUCUAUUUUCAUUGGAUACUUACCUCUUUAUGUUUUCGUCGUGCCAGCCACAGUUAUACGGUAGUCUCUGUAGUAUCAUUCAAGCGUAUUGGCUGACUGAUGAGUACACCUGUGCACAUGCGGAUGUGUGUGUGCAUGUGUUUGCUUAAACACAACUCUGGCUACAUCUACGCCUUCAGGGGCUGAUACAGCUGCAUGCAGACAGAGAUGUGUUCAUUAAUUUCUGUUUUGUUAUUUAUUUAUUUGAUUAGACCACAUCUUUCUUUCUCAGUUUCUGAAACGUAUUUACAUGCUAUUGUGUUCUCAACAUUGUCCUACUGUCUUCCAAUCUGGUUUCUUACCACUAAGGACAUUACGGAACCUAUAGCACGACUGUAUUACAGAGCACUUAAGAUCCACAGUAAUCUCCCAAAAUGGUCUCAUCAUUGCAGUGCACUCACACGCACAAAUGCUUUGACUUAUCAGAACUUUGUAAACAGCCAUGCUCUUGCUUUUUAUUUUCGUAUUCAAAAUAGCUCUUCACCUGCACUUACAGGUCUUCUCCCGACACAAACUUCGAGACCACUACGCCUUACUCGGUCAGUCUCGCAGGCACUCAUUCCAGUUCCACAGUACAAAAAUAACUAUGGUCAGAAAUCGUUUUUCUAUACUUACACUAAAAUUUGGAAUGACAUUCCUUAUCAUAUUCGAACAUUAUCGUCCUUCACAUAUUUCAAAAAGUCAUAUAAACAGUUUCUUCUUACUAGUCAAACUUGUACACAUUGAUUGCUCAUGUACUGUUUUUAGUCUUGUUUUUCCGUAUUUUAUGUUUUGUUUAUAUCUAUCUAGUCAAUAACAAUGUCUUGUAUAAAUGUGCUGAAAUUCUGUUUAUUGUUUUAUGUUGCUGCAGAACAGGAACCUGCUGUAAACCAGUUUUUAAACUGAGCCAGGCCCGUUUUACUGUAACUAUACUGUUGCUGUUGAAUUUUCCUGUAUAAUGAAUGAAAUGAAUGAAUGAAUGAAUUGCUUCACAAAUGGCAUGAACUCUCAAAGGCUCGAGUCCGAGUCAAGUCUGAGUCCAAACUCGAGUACCCCAACUCUAAUGUGCAGUGUAUACAAUGCAAUCCAGUUUGAGUCCCUCAGAGUACAAAAGUGUAUGUGGUGGAGCUAUGGAGUGGCCAGGUGUUUCCGGGCCACCCCACUCGAAAUUGCUGUUUUAGUAAUUUGUUUUGGCACACUUUACUUUUUUAGAGGUGAAUAAAUCCCAAACAUGCCAAACAUGUUGAGUGGUCCAAACAUCAUCUGCAGCCUGAAACUGAACAUUUGGUAAAAUGUUAGGAGAUCAGCAUAGGAAAGCUAUAGAAUGCUCCCUUGCUUCUUGUUUAGUGAAUUUCUUAACCUCCAGUGUGCUGUCUGUCUGCACUGUUCUCAGAACAGUUCAAAAUGCAUCUUAUUUUCAUCCUAACUCCAUAUAAAGCCUCUGAAAGCAACAUUUUUCAGAUUUUGGAUGAAUACAUUUAUUCUCAAUGUGAAAAUGCAGUUGAGUAAAUGAGUAAAUAUAUAUAGGAAUGCAUUUAUUUACUAAUCUUAUUGUACAGUGAUAACAAACAAAAAUAUAAAACAUUUUAGAUUAAAAUGACGUGAAAUGACCUACACAUUUGUUACUGUGAAAAGUUAUUGAUAAUAUCGAACAUGUUUUUGGAACAUCUGCCAGAAAUCCACUCCACAGUACUCAUCAUUCAUGUUAACCUUCAGGUACUUCAAGUUUAUCAGCACGCCAAAGUGCAAAAAAUUUAUGGAAUAUUGAAUGCAGCAUUUAAAAAA